GUCAAGCAUUUCCAGCAAGAUGAUACGUUUGCUUUAUUUCAUAUCGAUGCUACUUUUAAGCUGAGUCAGAUUGGAUACCUGGUGAUCACGUGUGGCUUCAGUGACGCUUCCCGAACGUACCAUUUGGCAGCAAUGUUUGUCGUCAGCCAACUUACGCAGAGCGAGUCCUCUGGUGUUUUAUCUGUGCUGCUUCAAGUCUAUGCGAAACUGUUCUCCGUGCAACCUAGGAUUGACGCUGCGCUUGGGGAUGCUGAGAAAGCUCAGUACAACGCGUUACGUGAUAUCAUUCAAUUUCAAGAUGCAACAUUUUUAAUGUUUUUUUUUCACGUGCUGUACAAUGUGAGAAAGCGCACACGGCAACUCGACAAUUUUGCCGGUGCAAUGGUGUACAGGGGCAUAAUCGCUAUGCACUACGCGAGAAACCUUUUGGAAUACUACCAAAUUCGCGAUUCGAUUUUGGUGCAGUGGAGGAAUGUUUUUGUGCUUCGCUCCUUCGCAGAUUAUUUUGAAAAGCAGUGGCUCAAUAGUGAGUACUGGCGUUGGCAAUCGUUUCACACACCUAUUGGAUACGCUGCCACGAACAACCCGUGCAAAACAUUCAAC